CCCAAAUCAAAAGUGGAUAUUCGGUAGCGUAAAAUAAACAUAAUGCCUCUGCUCAACUUGUCGAAUGAGCCGAGUCAAGCACCUCUGAAUGCCAGGUUUCUUCACUAACCUAGUCAAAAGAGGGGGUGAUAUUAAGUUCCUAGCUGGAGUCGACAGUGUCGGUGGAGUAGCACUCUUUCGUGCAUCCUAUAUUUUGAUGUUGAUCGUCUGACUUGCUUGGUUUGGUCGACGAAGCUCUUGUGUGACCGUGGGCACACUCAAAAACACAUGGAAAACGUCCGAUGAUUGAGCGCAACGGGAGGAGCUUAAGUAGCUGCUUCAGAAUUAGACAAUCGCAACAAUACCCCGUCCGUUCGCAACAACUUUCCACGCACCAGCUUCUGGUUGGCGCGUCCUGUUUGCCUGACGACUAGACACGAGCUCGAACGGCCUCAGGUCGAAAAUUAGGUGGUGUUAAUCUUGGUCCCUAGUAGAACUCCAGGUCGAACGCGAAUGGCUAUAACGCUAACGUCUCGACGAAGCACACGCUCGCGACGGAGCGGGGUCUAGAACCCUUCUUGGUGUGUAGCAAUCAGGCAGAAGAACUUACCGCGUGCGUACCUGUUGCGGAGCCCUCCCUUGAUAUAGUCCCUGUCCUCGCGCUCGAGAGGACAAAGCCUUCCCUGGUACAAGUCGGUCAGCGGAAUGGCGACUACCGCGGCAGGAAGCUCGUCGUCGACGGCUUCGCGAGUCAUUGUGUUUGACUUUGAUCAGACGAUAUCGACACAUCAUGUCUUCAAAUGUCUUGCGGGCUACAUACGCAAGGGCCACGGGAACUUUCUAGCUCCACCUUAUGCUCUGUCGGAGCGAGGUCAAAUACGGAAGUGUUUUGACGCCGACAAGGAAAUGAAAGGUAUUGAUUACCGGUAUUUUCACACGUGUGUACCUGCGUGUCAGCGUCGAUGUCACACUCGAACUGAGUCUACCUUCAGUGGUGAUCCCACUAGAUGGAAUAACUUUAGUGUCUCCUCAGCAAACAAAUAUGCCAUUUUGAUCAGAGACUUCUCAGUCGGCCACAUGAAAAAUUGCAUCUGUUUCAAAACGAUCAGGCCGGUUCUUUCCGUUUUGUCUUGGGAGUGAGCAAAGAGUGGCGCAGCUGGACAAGGCAUUCGGGGACCUGAGGCAGAGAGGAUGUCAGCUCUUUGUUUGCUCGAAAGGACUCGUGGCACCGAUACGCCUCAUAUUGGAAACGACAAAUCUCCUCCACCACUUCUCUGAGGUCUAUGGGAGAAUAGAAGACUACGAGGUUGAGAACAACGACUACGAUGACGAAGCAGCAACGUAUCCAUCCAUAAUGAUGACAAAAGCUGAAUUUUGAUAUCUAUCGCUCUCGUGACGUCGAAUGCAACUUGAAAUAGGGAGUAUUGGCACUAUUCUGUGCCAUUACAAUUUUUUCCUUAGGUUUGCUCUCGAGUUCUUGCAAGUCGUGAAUUCAUAAAUAAUGUUUAUUUUAUAUUAGAUUUAGAUUAUAUAUAAUAUAAGAACUCGCAUUCGCAUCUGAUCUGUUUUUGGCUCGACUGAAACCUAACCUCCUUUUACAUCUCCAGGCUGACGUUCCCGCCUGGAAUUGAAAGGCAUAUCGGACGGCGCGAGUGCGCAGAAUGGAGUAGAAAAGCAGAAUUAUGCCACCGCCUAGCCGGUGCCAGGCCUUGUGUGCUUGUCGAGGAUGACCGGGAUGAAAUAUCGAAGGCCAAAAAAGCGCAGCUCGGCACGUGUUUUGUCGAGAAACGUCAAGGGGUCGGCGAAAAGGAGAUCUCCGACCUGCUUGCGUGGGCAGAACAAGGACAGAAGUAG